ACUUCUCUGGCGACGACCGGACCUGGGAUUCUCUCAUAAGAAACAUUGGCUGUAUAAUACCGAGAAGCGGCUCACUACGUCUUAAUACUCGGUCCGGGGAAGAAAAAAAUGUCCACCGUGAACUGGAAGCCUUUCGUUUUCGGCGGGCUUGCAUCUAUAACGGCAGAAUGCGGCACUUUCCCUAUCGACCUGGCCAAGACGCGCCUCCAGGUCCAGGGACAAGUCGGGGACAGCAAGUACCGUGAGAUCCGCUACAGAGGCAUGCUCCAUGCUAUCAUGAGGGUAGGACGAGAGGAGGGGCUCCGGGCGCUUUACUCAGGCAUCUCCCCCGCCAUGCUCCGUCAGGCCUCCUACGGGACCAUCAAAAUUGGGACGUAUCAGAGUUUUAAGCGGCUGCUGGUGGACAGACCAGAAGGUGAGGUUUCUGUUGCACUUCUCAAACACAAACCCACAAACUUUGCUGCAAGGCAAACACGCGGCAUGCAUGCAUGCAUUCCUGCAGAAGGUCACAGGUGUUGGUGUGACAUUGCGUGACCUCUUAAAGCGUAGUGCCUGGCCGGGUCCCUGA